AUGCCUGGUCUUAUUGCCUCGCCCGGCCUACUGGCUUCCUACGACUGCACACAGCAGACCCACCUUGUCAUCGGCUCAAACCCUCUCGCCGGCGCCCGCUGCACAAAAUCUCUCGAGGUCGGCGCAAAGGUCAAGCUCAUUGCGCCCGAGUCAGACGAUCUUCACUACGGCCUAAAACAACGCAUUGACGCCGGUGAAAUUGAAUGGAUACGGCGCGAGUUCACCACUGAGGACUUGACUACUCUGGGUCGUGAGGAGGUUGACAAUGUUGUCGACCUCGUCUUUGUGACUCUUCCCUUGUCCUGUGCUCAAUGCGCCUAUAUCUCACACCUCUGCCGCCGUCUGCGGAUUCCCGUCAACGUCGCCGAUGCCCCGCACCUGUGUAGCUUUACCCUUCUUUCUACAUUCACCGACGGGCCUCUCCAGGUCGGUGUCACCACCUCCGGAAACGGAUGCAAGCUCGCAAGCCGCAUCCGACGUGAACUCGCCUCUUCCCUCCCCUCCGGCAUCGGCGGUGCCUGCCACAAGAUCGGUGCUCUCCGCCGCCGCCUCUGGGAGGAGGAAAACGCCUUCGACACCCCACUAUACGACGAGGAGGACCACGCGGACCAGAAGAGCACUUUUAAUACGCUCAUCUUGCCCGAGGACGCCGAGGCCGCAAAGACCCGCCGCAUCAGAUGGCUAUCACAAAUCUGCGAAUAUUGGCCCUUGGAAAAGCUGUGCGGACUAGCCGACAGCGACAUUGAGUCCGUUCUCCAAGCCUAUACCACCUCCGCCGCGCACGACGAUAGCACCCUCACCCCCGACCUCGACCUCCUUCCCCGCCGCGGCCGCAUCCAACUCGUUGGCGCCGGCCCCGGGCACCCGGACCUCCUCACCACCGCCUCCCUCAAAGCCAUCCAAUCCGCCGACCUCAUCCUCGCCGACAAGCUCGUCCCCGCCCCCGUCCUCGCCCUCGUCCCCCGCCGUGCAACGCUUCACAUCGCCCGCAAGUUCCCUGGAAACGCCGACAAAGCCCAAGAAGAACUCCUCACCCUCGGCCUCACCAGCCUACAAAAGGGUCUCAACGUCGUCCGUCUCAAGCAGGGCGACCCCUACAUCUACGGCCGCGGCGGCGAGGAAUACGACUUCUUCUCGACCCACGGCUUCACGCCCCUUGUCCUUCCGGGCAUCACCAGCGCCCUCAGCGCGCCGCUGUUCGCCGCGCUGCCGGCAACCCACCGCGGCGUCGCCGACCAGGUCCUCAUAUGUACGGGCACUGGAAGGAAGGGCGCUGCCCCGGACCCGCCAGAGUAUGUGGCGUCGCGCACGGUCGUGUUCUUGAUGGCGCUGCACCGCUUGGACGCGCUGGUCAAGGAGCUGGAGGGGAAGGGGUGGCCGUUGACGGUGCCGUGUGCGGUUGUGGAGCGCGCGAGCUGCCCGGAUCAGAGGGUUGUGCGGACGACGUUGGAGAAUGUUGUUGCCGCGGUGGAGGAGGAGGGGUCGCGACCGCCGGGGUUGCUGGUGGUGGGGUGGGCGUGUGAGGUUUUGGUGAAGGUGCAGCAGGGGAAGUGGGUGGUUGAGGAGGGGUUUAAGGGGAUUUAA